GUGGCCUCUAGUGGCGACUGCUGAUUAUUGCAACAAUUGAUCAUUAUGUUUCAUCCUGAGAAGGUUCUUCGACAUAGAAAUAAUGUGAAAAGCUUAAUACUGUAGUUAUUGUACGAAAUUACACCUUCACAUAAUUAUUUAAAAAAAACCCGCACUGGUGUUUGUUUUACUUAUGUUUCCUCAUUAGACUUCUUCUCAGGACUAUGAUGCAUUGACUGGGCUUGACUGAUAUCUCUAUCCCUCUUCUCUUAGCUUUGUUGCACCUGUUAAAGUGGGACAAAGUACAUCUAUCCCUAUUUAAGUUAGUUUGUGGACUUCCCCGUCAACCAGCAACAACCUCUAAUCAGACAGAAUAAGUGAAAGCACCUGUGUGAGCAUGCAAAGCUUUUAUUGGCAGCAAUAAACAGAUAUGUUGGGAGGUCUGUAAAAGCAUUGAGCGAGUGAAUAAAGUGAGUCAGAUAAUAAUUAUUUAGACAUUCAUCAGGUCUGGGCUGUCCUGGUAGCUCACCUAGUAGAGGAAACAAUUUUAAUUUCACCAAUAAUCUGCCUUAUGAAUGUUUUUUAAUACAGUUCCAGUAGAAUAACAUUUCUGCUUAUGCUUUUGUCUUCAUUUGAGUCUGUUUCUCACAGAUGAAAUCAAUAGCAAUAAUACUAUCCAGCCAAUUUAGCUUUACUUGUCUUAAUGUUUCUAUAUUGUAUUCAUACUGUGUACAUUCUUAUAUAUAAUGUGCAGAGAAUGUGUUUCCAUUUUGGAGACAUUCAAAGGUAAAAUUGGAGAUCUAAUGGGUAAAAUUUACUUCCUGGUGCGCACACACAGACACACACACAGACACACACACAGACACACACAUACACACACACACACACACACACACACACACACACACACACACACACACACACACACACACACACACAGAAGCUGUGCUGUCCAUAUGGAUGCACUGUAGUAAGCAGCAUGUCAAAUCUGCUUUUGGAGAGAUUUGUUGACAGAUGCUUUGUACAAGCUCAGCUGACCACUUAGCACUGCACUUAUAACCUAGACUUGUGAUUUUAAAUGUUGUCAUCAUUUUAAAACAGCUUGCCCAAACCAGUUCUGGGAUGAAAGAGGUCAAGUUCAGCGAGCUCAAACCACCUUGCACCUCGAGCAGCUACAUCCUGCCAAGUGGGACAGGAUCGCCUAGACUAAGAUGUGUUUGACAGCUGAGUUAUGAGCACAUGAGCUCCGAGUUGAUAGUAAUAAUUAGGAACUUGUGAGAUUAUCUUUCCCCUCUGGUCUUUUAUUCUAUGUUUUGUAACUAGAUUUAUGACUGCAUGGACAUAAGUCUUUUGCAUCAUAUUAACUUUAGCAUACACUUCUAUUUUUAUAUGUUUUGUGAUUUAGAUUAGUGCACAUUUCAUAAUUAUAUUUUGUUUACACAAGGAUUCUUGUUUUGUGGGUAAAACUGACGUAUACCAGUUUCAUACUGUACAUUUACCAUUUUGUUGUACAUAUACAACUUUAUACUGCAUCCUAUAAGGUUUAGAAAAAAAAGACAAAACAUCUGCAGCAGAUACACAGGAAAUUGUGGUUUUGGUUAAUAUGAUGUGUAAUAGUUUUUAUUCUCUAUUGUUAUUUUAUUCAUUUUAUCUAUCUUCGGCAAAGUGUAAAUUUUCACUAAAAGGAUAAAGCUGCUGCAGGAACUUUAGAAAUAUAAUUUCAGUUCUGGUUCAGAUUUGACUGACACCCCAAUGUUUUUAUUUUCAUUUCAGUUUAAUCUUUUUAUUUUAGGAUUUAAACUACGUUAGCUACACAGUACUCAUGUUGAGGUCAGUUUCUCCCUAUUUUAGUUCCUUGUUUUCCAUCUCUUUUCCCUUUCUAUUUUUUCUUUUCAUUACCCCGUCUUCCCCUUUAAUCUCAAGUGGAAGGGAUUAAUGCCUCUCUGUUUACUUCCUCUUAAUUCUCCCUCUUCAUACUGUCGAUGAAGUCAUUUGAAUGCAACAUUUGAACGAGAGAGCGAGGGAGAGGGAGGAAUGAGAGCAACUGGAUGGGAAAGAGAGUGAUGGUGUUAGUGUGUGUGUGUGUGUGUGUGGAGGGGAGGUUAAAAGCAUCGGUGUGAUGCUGCUGCUCUCAGCAGAGUUGGUUGGGUUAGUUUGGUUUUUGUGCUGCUUUGUUUGGUGACUUGGCUCGACUUUGGAUCAUAUAGAGAUGGGUGGAGUCAUUCAGGAUUGCUCAUGCAUGGAUUAGAGCUGUUGGUUUUUAUCUCUGUGGUAUCGGAUGAGAUGACUGAUGACCAGCAUGGGACACUCAGAGAGGUUUUCUCUGACUUAAGAGCUCGAGCCUGAGCUGAACCUCUGAAGAAAGGAGGGCAGCGGGAAAAAAAGGGGAAGAAGAGAUAAAAUCAAACAAAUAAAAUCAGAGAGAAGUUUCUAAAAGAGAGGAAGGAAAGAUUUUGGGCAGCUGGAGGAAAACUGGGGAGGUCGAGCAAUGGGUAACUGCACCAAAGCAUCCAUGAAAGAAAAAAUGAAGAAGGGGGUAGUGGAUGGGCCCCUCAGGGGUAAGGUGAGGGCAGUGGGCCAGCAGGAUCCGCAGCCGGAGGGAGAGGAGAAUGAGGACGCGGAGGAUGAGCCAUUCAACAGUCCCUGCGGUGCAAUGGUGAAGAACUGCAACGUGCUGCACAACAUCGUGGGCCCAGCCUGGGUUUUCCUUAAACAGGGCUUUUCACAGACACUCGACAGAGAGCUGAGACCAGAGGAGAUUGAAGAACUCCGUGAGGCGUUUGUGGAGUUUGACAGGAACAAAAAAGGCUACAUCAGUCAUAAAGACCUGGGGGAGUGCAUGAGGACCAUGGGAUACAUGCCAACAGAGAUGGAGCUCAUCGAACUGAGCCAGCAGAUCUGUGGAGGUAAAGUGGACUUUGAGGACUUUGUGGAGCUGAUGGGACCCAAGAUGCUGGCAGAGACAGCAGACAUGAUCGGAGUCAAAGAACUACGAGAUGCAUUCAAAGAGUUUGACUCUAACGGUGACGGUCAGAUCAGUUUAACUGAGCUGCGUGAGGCCAUGAAGAAACUGAUGGGGGAACAAGUGACCAACAGAGAGAUCAACGAGAUCCUCCGAGAUGUCGACCUCAACGGAGACGGUCUGGUGGACUUUGAGGAGUUUGUGCGAAUGAUGUCUCGCUGACCGGUCCAGCUGCCCACAUGUCAGAUGGACGCACAGACAUUAUGCAACUGCUGGAUUAGUUAACACACUACAUUGUAGUGAACAUUAUUCUUCUGCUCUUAAGAGCCCUUAACCAAAAUUGUAUUUUUAUAUUAAAUAAAAACAAGCUUUGUAUAGACAAAUAGCAUCCAGCCUGCAACUGACAUCCACAUGUGAACUGAGGUGCAACACAAAGAUAAAGUAUUUGAACAGCUGUAAAACAUAUCAGAAGCUUAUAGACAACAUUUAUGACUGUUUUUAGAUGUAUUUUUAUAUAAUCAACGUUUGUCCUAUGAGUGUAAAAUCUUGUUUGUAAAACUGUAAAAAUCUUUUUUUUAAAUUAAAAUAUGUGCAA